AUGUUUUUUAAUAUUAUUGACGACUUCCUAAAAUAAGAUAAUAUUGGGAUGCAAGAAGCAAAUUUCAGUACAACAAGAUACAUUGCUUAGUUGUUGAUCUCAAAGAAGAAUGUAAUUGAUUCCCCUUUAUCCUAAUAGAUAGAACAAGUGUAUUAAGAGAUGUCAACCAAGGAAAAUUAAUGCGAGGAAAUCAUUUCCUAGAUAAUAGAUCAGAAAUAUGAUAAAUUCAAUCCAAUGAUUAAUAAGCCUUAAAUAUACGGAAAAGCAUACGACGAAUUAUCCCACAAUGUAAAGCAAAGUAGAAAAAGAUUGUAAAGUAGCAAAGAAUUGUUAAGUUCUAAGUCUGCGGAAUUGAAGCAUUUUUAUUAUUAGAAUAUAUACUACAAGGAGAUUAUUUCUACUUUAAAUAAAUUGAAAACUAUUAGAUCAUCUAUUAAAUUGAUACAAACCUAAGCUUUGAAUUAACCUUAUGAAGGCAGUUUGGAGUGUAGAAAAAUUAAAUCUUUAAUAAGUAUUUUCCCGAAGUAGGAGUCCUUUUAAAUUCAAUAUAUUAACAAAGGGUUCAAUUUAGGACUUUCUUAAAUUUUGGGGGAAUUUUAAAAUUAGUUAAAAGAGUUUUUCUUCUUGCAAAGGGGCUCCAUCUUAAAAAGCACAGAUGCUUAAAAGUAUUAUGAUUUAGAGAGAAAAGUAAGAGAUUUAAAGUCCUUAAGCGAAAUCUUGCAAUUCAUUAAGGCAAAUCUCCCAGAAGUGACACUGCAAAAUGAUGAUGAGUUGGAACUAUGUUUGAUUGAUUAACAACUCAAUAGCAAUGAAUUAAUCAUAUCUUAUAAUCAAUUGAAAAGGUUUAUUCAAAUGAGUUUUUAAUUUAAUGAUUUUGAUGCUGUAAAGUAGUAUGUCGAUAACAACACAUCCAAGACAGGAGACAUAAAUUUAAAUAUAAAUACGUAAUAAACUAGUUUAUUAAAUAUAUUUCUCUGUAUCAAAGGAUGUACAAUAAUUAGAAAAACAAAUGAAUUAUUAAAUAAGCAUUUCGAAGAUUUCAAAUAUAAUUUGUAAGAUUUAUUUACUAAAUCUUUGACUAUAUUUAUUAAAAGAUAAACUCCCAAUGACAACAUUAAGAUUUCAUUGUUUGGAGAACUAAAUUUUAGUAGUUUUGCAACUUAUAAGAUUAUAAGUUAAUUUUUCAAGAAGCUCAUAGCUUAUGCCAUGAUUAUUUUGAGAAAGUAAGUGUUAUUUGGAAAAACAUUGCAUUGCUUAAAUGUUGAUGUUGACGAAAACACUCUUCUACUUUCAUUAUCAGAAUUAUGCAGAUAGUUGUUUUGGUAGAUCAAUGUGGUUUUGAGUAUGUUCUAUAAGUCUUCGAAAAUUAGUGAGUAGAAUAAGGGUAGAGAUGUGUUGGAUGUGAGAAAUGAGUAUCAUUUAUUCAUUCAAACUACUCUUUAAUAAUUAAUCAAACCUAGUCCUCUUUAUUAUUUAUUAUAGAGACAUCUGUUAGAUGAAGUCUUACAACAAUGUAUUGAGUCACUGAAGGUGUUCAUGAGAGUAGAACCAAUCUUCAAAGAGCCUAUUGAUAAUGAGAUUUAAUUGUAGUAGGAAUUAAAUUGCAUCAAGUAAUUAAAUGAAGGAGUAAAAAAUGUAGUCAGAAAUGUGGUGUCAUUGCCAAAACGAUAGAAUAAAUCCUUUAUCCCUCAAAUAAAUUAUUAAUUGACGUAAGAUGUUCAAGAUCAACAAUUAAAGCAAAUGCUCAGCGAUUUUCAUUUGAUUAAUCUAAAGAUGUAAAUUCCUGAAUCAAUACAAUUUUGUUAUUUAAUACAUGAACUCAAUGUCAUAGAUCAGAUAACCAAUCUUUCAAUAGAUUUCAUUCAAAUAUUGAAUUGGAUUUUGAAUGUCUAUCUCCAAGAAAUACGAAUAAAAUUAAAAGCAUCUAUAUAGGGUUCCCAAUCAGAGAUUUUGAUGUAUAAUCAAGACAAGUAAGCCUUGCAAAAAAAGUUGUUGUCUUAUAUGGAAUGGAAAUGCAAGUUUUAAUAGUCGAAUCCUCUGUUAAAUGAUGGCAUAAAUACAUAAUAAAGACUGUAGAAGGCUAAAGGCGAUAAGUAAUUUAGAUUUUAAUUGAAAUAACCUAUGUAUUAAGGAUAUAUGGAAUACUUGGUGAAUUAGGUUGAUGAAUCAAAAACGAGUCCUUUAAUUAGAUCGAAAGAAGUGUUGCACACAUUGGGUGCAUUACAUGACAACAUCCAUGCUUUUCUAACCUUUACUUUUCAAUCCAUAGAGCAAUAUUUAGAUAAGAUUGAUCAAUAAUAUUUGAUAAAGUAGUUGGAUAUAUAAUAGAAGGAUGUUCCAUUGGAAUAGCAGAGCAUAAAAAUCCAAUUGCUUAAGAUUUUUUAAUUGAGGUGUGAAUAGCAAAGUUUUUAGUUGGAGUAAUUCAAAAACAAGAAUGCAAUAGAAAUUUAAUAUAAUGACAAUGUGCAAUAGUCCUUUUACAGGUUCUUAAAAUUAUGCAAUGAAAUAUUUCUGGUUCAAUUCGAUGUUUAUCUGGUAUUGAGAUUUGAAUUUCAUAUGAGACAUUUAUUGAUGACCAACAUUCAAGAAUUCAAUUUCGAAUACAUUAACUUUUCUCAAACUCUUAAGGAGAGUAUAUAAGAUGAAACGUUCAAUAUCAUUACAUAAGAUUUCUGGACGAUCUUCAAGGCGAGUUUGAAGGCUUAGUUCAUAAGGUAGAGGGACUUCAAUCCAAAGAAAAUUUAGAUGAUUUUGAAGGAUCUUAAUGUUAUGAAGGAUGAGAUGAAUAAUCAAGGAAAAAGAAUUUCACAUUUGCGAAGAUACUUCAAGUUGUAUUUAGUGAAUGGAUAGGACAUAGAGAAGUUCCUAAAGAUCAACGCUUAUAAAUACAAAUUUGAUCAAAUAUAGGAAUAUUGUAAAUUAGUCAAAGUGGAGAAUGCGGAAUCAUUAAGAAAGUAUUGUUUAUGA